AUGAUGGAAAAUGAAAAGAAUAUAAUUCUUAUUUGUUUUGAUCCAAAUAAUGAAUUUAAUGACUUCAAAAUACAAUUACAACAAAUCAAUGAUUCUGUUAUAUUUCAUGAUAAACUCGAAUCAUGUAUUAAUUUUAUUAAAUCAAUUGAAGAUAAAAUAAUCUUUCUGAUUAUUUCUCCUUCAUCUACUUCUCCAUUUAACAAUUUUAAUCAAAUUAAAAGCAUCUUUUUAUUCGAUGUUUCAAACAGUUCAAAUGAAUGUUUAUCAUUUGAAGAUUCAAAAACAAUUGGUAUUUAUAAUCAAUUUGAUUUAUUAUGUACUACCAUUAAAGAACAAAUCGAUUUGAUCGAAAAGAAAAAUUGUCAAUGGUGUUUUUUUGAUCAAAUUCAAUAUAAAAAUAAAGAUUUAUCAAAACAAUCGAAUAGUUUUCUAUGGCAUCAACUUUUUCCUGAUGUUCUCUUACAUUUAUCAUCUGAUCAACAGUUUGAAAAUGUAGAUCAAAGUAUCUUGCAACAAUUCCCAUGGAUUAAUGAUUAUGAACCAAAUGAAGCUGUACGAUUGUUUAUGAAAUAUCCAUCACUUCGAGAAGUGAUUAACAAAGCUUUGAAAAAUGAAGAUAUUAAACAACUUUAUAUGCUGCGAUAUUUUCUCAGUGAUCUAAUACAAAAUCUUCAAUUCGGUAAAGAAAAUCGAAUUGUUUAUCGAAGAAUGAUUAUAUCUCGUAGUGAAUUUAAUCAAAUACAAGAACAUAAUGGUAAACUUAUUAUGAUGAAAGAAUUUUUAACAGCAAAUACUGAUCGAUCAUCUUGUUACGCAUCAUCAACAAAACAAAUUUCAGUACUCUUUAAAAUUGAACUGAAUAGAAAUUCAAUCUUUACUGAUCUUGAGUUAUCUAAUCAAGAAACGAUUCUAUUUAGUUUAAAUUCAACUUUUCGAAUAGAUAAUAUUCAACAACAGAAUGAUCAAUUAUGGAUUAUUAAAUUAAUUUCAGUUAAUGAUGGACAAAUAAUUAAACAAAAAUAUAUUGAUGAUACACGUCGUCAAUUCGAAGAUUUAAGUAUUUCAAUUGUUUUUGGUAAAUUAAUUUGUGAUAUGAGUCAAUGGAAUCAAUCACAGGCAUAUUUUGAAUAUUUAUUAAAUAAUUAUUCACAUAAGGAAGAUUUAGCAUGGAUUCAGCAUGGUCUUGGUCAAGCUCAUCAUUGGAAAGGAGAAUGGAAUCAAUCAAGAAUAUAUUAUGAUCGUUCCCGUGAACGAAUGAUGAAAAAUGAACCAAUUCGUAUCAGAGAUUCGGCUGUUAUACUUUCUGAUAUUGGUGAAAUAUUAUAUUUACAAGGACAAAUGGAAGAAUCCUUUAAUUUUCAUCAAAAAGCAUUAGCAAUUCGAAUGAAAUAUUAUUCUCCUUGUCAUCCACAUAUUGCUAUUAGUUUACAUAACAUUGGUUCGAUAUUUCGAAUACGACAACAAGAUGAUGAAGCAUUAGUUUUUUCUCAACAAGCAUUAUUAAUUCAAGAGAAAUAUUAUGAUUCAUUUCAUGUAGAUAUUGGUACGAGUUUAACUCAGAUUGCUUUAUGUCUAACGAUUGAAAAAAGAUAUGAUGAAGCUCUUAGUUGUUAUCAACGAACUCUAGCAAUAUACGAAAAAUAUUAUCCAUUAGGUCAUGUAUCGGUUGCAGUUACUCUCAGUUGUAUGGGUUACAUGUUUUAUGAACAAGAUAAAUACAACGAAAGUUUUAAUCUUAUUCAACAGGCAAUGGCUAUACAUAAAAGAUUUUAUUCAAAUGGUCAUAUCGAUAUGGCGAUGAGUUUGCUCGAUAUGGGAAACUUAGAGUAUUACCGAAAAAAUAACGAUAAAUCAUUAAAAAUGUAUGAUCAAGGGUUGUUAAUGUUUAGAAAACUUAAUUUAUCGAAUCACAUAUUGACUGUUACUCUUUUGGAUAAUACUGGUAAGGCAUACAUAGAUGAAAAAGACAAUUGUGAUAAAGCUCUAUACUAUUAUCAACAAGCUCUUAACAUACUCGAAACAUAUUAUCCAUCAUAUCUAGCCCGUAUUGCUGUCAUUCUUAAUCAUAUGGGUCAUGUUUUCUUUAGACAACGGAAACUUGAUAAAGCACUCGAUUUUUAUCAUCGAUCAAUAAACCUGCUCAAAGAAUAUUAUUCAUCUGAUCACGUUAAAAUAAUUUCAUUUUUAAGAAACUAUGAUAAUAUAUUGGAAAAUGAUGAAUUCAUUAAACAUCACGAACAAGUAUUAAUAUCUCGAAAGGAAAAUGGUACUACACGAGGUAAUACUUGCAUCGGAAGCAAUUCCAAUGGAAUCAGUCACAUACAUCUCAGACAAAAUCAAUUUGAUAAAGCUUUUGAGUUCGCUCAACAAUCAAUAACGUUUACAGAAAAAUCUAAUCCAACUCAUUAUAUAAUGAUUGCUGAUAAUCUUAGCAAUAUUAGUCGAGCUUUAUUGUAUCAAGAUAAAUUGGAUGAAGCAUUUGAUUUCGAACAGAGAACAUUAAAUAUUCUCAAAAUUCAUGAACCUACCAAUGUUCUAAAAAUUAUUGAAAGCUUAAAUCAAAUGGGUGAAGUUCAACGAAAACAAGCAAAAUAUAAUGAAGCUUGCGAUUUAUUUCAAGAAGCUUUGACAAUUUAUGAGACAAAUCCUGCACAUGUUAAAGCAGAUAUUCCAUUCACUCUUAUGAGUCUUGGUAGUAUCAAAUAUAAUAGUGAGAGAGAUUUUGAUGAAGCUCUAAAUUAUUAUCAGCGAGCAGUCAAUGUACUCAAAGAAAUUUAUGCUACUGAUUAUAGUCGAAUAAUCUUUAGUCUAAAAUGGAUUGCAUUUAUUCAUUAUCAGAAACAAUCUUAUGAUCAUGCAAUUGAAUUUUAUGAACAAUGCUUAAGAAUUGAUGAAGUCAAUUCUAUUCCAGGACAGUUAACUAUCGAUGAAUUUCUUAUGAGUUUAAGUGAUAUACAACAAAUUCGACUCGAAUUUGAAAGUUCUCUGGCAUACGAAUUAAACUGUUUGUUAAUGCGUGAAAAAGUUCUACCACCCAAUCAUCAAGAUAUUGGCAAAAGUUUAAAUAAUAUAGGUUUAUGUUAUGAACAUCUUAAUCAACGUAAAUUGGCACUUGAUUAUUAUAAACGAGCAUUAGUCGUUUAUGAACAAUGUCCAUUAGCUACACAUCGUCGAUGGUCUAUAGAAUUAAAAAUUGAGGAACUUUCUAUAGAAAUGGAUCAAUUCAACAUUUAA